UAACAAACAAAACACAGGAAAUUAACGAAGCCAUCUGCCGGGAAAACCCCUGCAUAUUCACCCAACCCGCCAAGGGGAAAGGGAAUUUCUCAGCUUUAACGUUCGAGCUUCAGGAAAGGAACUCACGACACGGAAUCAAUCGAUUCUUGUCAAUUUCUCGUUUUAUGUGUACGAAUUUCAGGCUGGGAUUGGGAGGAUUAGUUGGCCGGUGAUAUGGCGUUGUUGCGCAAAUUGUUCUUCCGGAAGCCGCCCGAUGGUCUUCUCGAGAUCUGUGAAAGAGUUUAUGUUUUUGAUUGCUGUUUUACCACAGAUUCAUGGAAGGAAGAGAAUUAUGAAGUUUACUUGGGUGGAAUAGUGGCUCAACUCCGUGAGCAUUUAGUAGACGCAUCUUUCUUGGUAUUCAAUUUUAGGAUCUUAGAGAUGCAAAGUCAGGUGGGCGAUAUCUUAUCUAAGUUUGAUAUGACCAUAAUGGACUACCCUCAGCAGUACGAGGGUUGCCCAGUUCUGACGAUGGAAGUGCUUCACCAUUUUCUAAGAUCAUGUGAGAGUUGGCUUUCCCUUGGGCAGAAUAACGUUUUGUUAAUGCACUGUGAACGUGGUGGUUGGCCAGUUCUAGCGUUCAUGCUUUCGGCUCUCUUGAUUUAUAGGAAGCAAUAUAGUGGGGAGCAAAGGACAUUGGACAUGGUUUAUAGGCAGGCGCCUCGGGAGCUUUUGCAUUUUUUUUCUCCUAUGAAUCCAGUUCCUUCUCAAUUAAGGUAUCUGCAAUAUGUCGCAAGGAGGAAUGUAGCCUUAGAAUGGCCACCUGUGGACAGAGGUCUCACUUUGGACUGUAUCAUUUUGAGAUUUAUUCCAAAUUUUGAUGGAGAGGGUGGUUGCCGACCAAUAUUUCGGAUAUAUGGACAAGAUCCACUACUUGUCAGCGAUCGAACUCCUAAAGUUCUGUAUUCAACUCCAAAAAGAAGCAAAAAUCUCCGAACUUACAAACAGGCAGAAGCAGAACUGGUUAAGAUUGAUGUAAAUUGCCAUAUUCAAGGUGAUGUUGUUCUUGAGUGCAUCUCCUUGCAUGACAACAUGGAAUUUGAAGAGAUGAUGUUCAGAGCAAUGUUUAAUACUGCUUUUAUUCGCUCUAAUAUUUUAAUUCUCAACCGUGAAGAGAUCGACACUUUGUGGAAUGGCAAAGAUAGAUUUCCAAAGGACUUUCGAGCAGAGAUUCUUUUCUCUGAGAUGGAUGCUGCAACAUGUCCUGUUGCAAAUGAUGUAGUUUGCUUUGAGGAGGAAGGUCUCCCCAUGGAAGCAUUUGCUAAAGUGCAAGAGAUCUUUAGUCAUGUGGAUUGGUUAGACCCCAAAGCAGAUGUUGCGCUCAAUGUGCUCCAUCAGAUGAAUGCCUUAAGCAUAGCCCAAGAGAAGUCAGAAAGUAGUUCUCCUCGGAGUACGCCAGUUAGUCCUUUAUUUCAGAGUACAAGUCCCAGAAAACUUUCGCUGAAGAAAUUCACAAUGGAUAACAAAACAAAAAUCCUAGAGAAGGAACAAUCUAGUCCAACAUCUAAAUUUUCACUGUAUGCUGCUAAAUCUAAUUCAGUAUUCCAACAGGUGCCUCAAUCUUCGGAGUGUUUCCCACUCGACAUUUUGCAAGAUUCGCCAAUUUCAGAGAGUAGCGAUAGGACCUCAUUCAGUGCUUCGGUUGGAAGCCACUCAGUUUUUGAUUCUGAAGGAGAAACAGAGGUUUCUCAUCUGAAAACUGUAUCUUCAUCUUUUCCGAAUGCAGCAUUGGCUGUUUCUCUUGCACCCGAGUCUCUCCAGACUAAGAGUCCCCUAACAGAAAGAAUAGUCCCACCACCUCCUCCUCUCCCCCAACUUUCCACGAAUAGUUCUGCUGCUAAUUCUCUAACUUAUCCUUCCGCUCCUCCAACUGCCUUACCACUUCGGUCUAAUAACUUUUCAACUCUAAGACCAGAUAAAUUCUCACUCACUGAGGUAGUAGAAAACUAUUCGAAGGAUCAAAGGCAGUUAUCAACCGUUAGCCCCCCACUUUCUGUAACCUCAAUACAGUCAUCUCCACUGCCUCCUUCUACACCUCCUUUGAAGGAUACCAUAGCAGCUAGAGUUAAAGCUUCUCUGCCACCACCCCCUCCUUUUUCUUCAACAUUAGCUUCCCAUCCUGCAAAUGCAUCCUUUUUGCCUCAACCACCACCACCUCCUUCUCCUCCUUCAACAUCCACUGUUAGUCGUAAAAUUUCAUCUCCAAUCCCUUCACCACCACCACCUCCUCCUCCAAUGGACAUUACGGAUCCUAAAAUUUUCUCUCCCGUGCCUCCACCACCACCGCCUCCUCCUCUGACAUCCAAACAGGUUGAAAGUACUUCAACAUCUCCAUUUGUUACUCCUCCACCACCACCACCUUUUCCUAUGACGUCCAGCCAGGUUGGAAGUAUUUCUACAUCUUUGUCUAUUCCUCCACCGCCGCCACCUCUUCCGUCCAGACAGGAUGGAAAUACUUCAACAUCUCCACCUGUUCCUCCUCCACCACCACCUGCUACUACCAAGGGCUCCUCCCCACCUGUUCCUUCUGCUCCCCCUCCUCCUACCCUUUCUGGGAGGGGGACUUCAAAAUCAGGUGAAGUGUUUCCUGGUUCUCCUUUGUCUUGGUCCUCUCUAGGGCCACCAUGUAUUUCUCCAUCAACAAAGGGACGAAGUUUGUCACGCACUAUAAAUUCAAGAGCACAUAUAACUAAGAAACUGAAGCCAUUGCAUUGGUUAAAGUUAUCGAAAGCAGUGCAAGGAAGCUUAUGGGCUGAAGCUCAAAAAACUGGUGAAGCUGCCAGGGCACCAGAGAUUGACAUGUCAGAGCUUGAAAGUCUUUUCUCAGCUGCAGUUCCUGCUUCUGAUCAGAACCGGAAGUCGGGUGGACGUGGUUCUGUUGGGAAUAAACCCGAAAAAGUACAACUGAUUGAUCACAGGCGAGCUUACAAUUGUGAAAUCAUGCUUUCAAAGGUCAAGGCACCUUUGACUGAUUUAAUGAGUUCUGUGCUUGACCUCGAAGAUUCAGCACUGGAUAUCGAUCAGGUUGAGAAUCUUAUUAAGUUUUGCCCAACAAAAGAGGAAAUGGAUUUACUCAAGGGCUACACUGGAGAAAAGGAGAUGCUUGGAAAAUGUGAACAGUUCUUCUUAGAGUUGAUGCAAGUACCUCGUGUAGAAUCUAAGCUUCGAGUUUUCUCAUUUAAAAUACAGUUCAUCUCUCAGAUCACUGACCUCAAGAAAAGCCUGAACUUUGUCAACUCUGCAGCAGAAGAGAUAAAAAGUUCAGUCAAGUUGAAGAGAGUCAUGCAGACAAUACUAUCACUAGGAAAUGCUUUAAAUCAGGGAACGGCGAGGGGCUCUGCUAUAGGAUUUAGGCUGGAUAGCCUUCUUAAACUGACAGAAACUCGUGCACGAAACAACAAGAUGACUCUAAUGCAUUAUCUUUGCAAGAUACUUGCUGAUAAACUGCCAGAAGUUCUGGAUUUUUCCAACGAUCUUCCAAGCUUGGAGCCUGCAUCAAAGGAACAAUUAAAGGUUUUGGCAGAGGAGAUGCAAUCAAUUAGCAAAGGGUUGGAGAAAGUUGUUCAAGAAUUGUCUACGUCUGAAAAUGAUGGCCCUAUAUCCAAUAAUUUCCGAACGGUUUUAAAGGAGUUCCUUCGUUUUGCUGAAGCUGAAGUGAGAACUUUGGCUUCACUGUACUCUAGCGUGGGUAGAAGUGUAGAUUCUUUGAUUCUUUACUUUGGAGAAGAUCCAGCUCGCUGCCCCUUUGAGCAAGUCAUAUCAACCUUAUGCAACUUUGUGAGAAUGUUUAACCGAGCCCACGAGGAGAACUGCAAGCAGAUAGAGCUGGAAAUGAAGAAAGCAACUGAAAGCGAAAAAUCAAAGACAGGGCACAUGCGUAAGAGGUCAAGAACAAAACAGUUAUCACACUCCCAGAUCGAGAUUGGCAAUGUGAAGUAAGUUAGCAUGUUGUGUUCUUUCAAGCCGAGGGCCCUCCAGCUCUGCAGACAUCCAACAGCCGUAAUUAGUUUUAGUGGGAGAUUAUCUACUUGUUGAUGUUGAGAGAGGAGUGUUUCACACCUCAGAAUGAAAAGCUAAUUUUUCUUCAUGAGCAACACAGGGAGAUCAAAGCUUUAUCCUGUUGUUCAAUGUGGUGAGCAGGCUGCUUGUAUCGAAAGUGAACAAAUACUUGUGUGUGUACAUAACUGUAUCAAAAAAUAAUACAGGUGAUAUAAGAAGUCACCUCUGAAGGUUGCUUGUUUGGGAAAAUGUUCAUCGAAAUGUGUAUUUAGCUUUACCACUUAAAAGAAAAAUUUAGAGUUGUUGUUUUGUGCUUGUCAUUAAAGCUUAGAGCUCUGUUUUGUGGAGA